UCCGGGAGUAGGGGGGGACACGGGUGACUCCGGGAGUAGGGGGGACACAGGUGACUCCGGGAGCGGGAGCAGGAGCGGGAGCCGGAGCCGGUCCGGGAGCCCGGGGAGGCGGCUGCUGCAGCUGGCCAUGCCGCUGGAGCUGUGGAGCGGCUGGAUGCCGGGGCUGGUGCCCUCUCUGACGCUGCUCCUGCCGGCCCUGGCCGUGCUCCUCGCCCUCCGCCUGUGCCUCGCUCCCCUGCAGCUCCUCCGAGCCCCGCACCAGGUCGGCUACAUCCCCGAGCCCGGCACCAGCAGGAACCAGGCGGCCGCUGAUGUCAGGAGGAGGCGGAAGAGGGGGGAGCUGCCCCCGGUCUAUCCGAACGGCUGGUACCGGCUUGUGGACUCCCAGGAGCUCCGCCAGGGCCAGGUGAAGAAUGUCACCAUCUUCGGGGAACAGGUUGCGGUGUAUCGUGGGCAGGAUGGACAGGCCUAUGUCGUGGAUGCCUAUUGCCCUCACCUGGGCGCUAACCUGGCUGUGGGAGGGCAAGUGAUUGGCAACUGCAUCGAGUGCCCAUUCCACGGCUGGCAGUUCCGUGGUGAGGAUGGCAAGUGCGUAAAGAUUCCGUAUGCAGAGAAAGUGCCAGACUUUGCGAAGAUUAAGACCUGGCCAUCCUGCGAGAUGAACUGUGCGGUGUUUGUGUGGUUUCACUGUGACGGUAUUGACCCGAGCUGGAGUGUCCCGGAACAGGAGGAGAUCCAGUCCGGAGAGUGGGUGUACCGUGGGAGGACUGAGCAUUACGUCAACUGUCACAUCCAGGAGAUCCCGGAGAAUGCCGCUGACAUUGCUCACCUGUCCCACCUGCACACCCCCAACAUGCUGAGUGGAUCUGAUCUACGCUACACCAGGGCCAGGCUCUGGGGCUUUGCACAACAUGACUGGAAGGUGGAAUGGCACCCAGAGGCUGAGCCGACAAAACACUGCUCGCGGAUGUUGGUCUACCAUUCGCUGCACAUCCUCGGGUGGCACUGCUCUCUCCUGGAUGUCCAUGUAGUUGCCAGGCAGGUGGGUCCUGGCAUUGUCUACAUGCUGUUCAAUCACUCGUCCCUGGGCCGCGGAGUCAUCCUGCAUUGUGUGACGCCGGUGGAGCCCCUGCUGCAGAGAGUGAGUCACCGUAUCUACUACCAGGCCAAUAUUCCCCCCAUCGUCCCCAAGUUCAUCCUGAAGGCUGAGUGUGUUCAGUUUGAGCGCGACGUGAUGGUCUGGAACAAUAAGAAGUAUGUCUCGAAACCGCUGCUAGUGAAGGAGGACUCUGCCAUCGCUCGGCACCGCCGCUGGUAUGCCCAGUUCUACAGUCUGAAGAGCCCCCGCUUAACCAUACGGCACGAUGUUCUUGAGUGGUAACUGCUGCUCAGGGACUCCGUAAGUCCCGAGCUCCAACACCCUGCAGCGAAUCUGUCCCUGAGAGAGAGGGAGGAGAGGACUUGGGAAUGGACUUGCUGCAGUCUCCAAGAGGGCAAGCAAUGGAUUCGGAAUUCCCUCUUUUCAACUCAUUGCUUCAAAUGUUUGAGACAAUUUCCAAACUGUAAAAAUCAUCCAAAGACUUGACUUCUCAUUGGCUAUCAAGGAGAGAGAGUUUUAUGCGUGUUUUCACAAGAGAUUUUAUACAAUUAUAACUUUUAUUUUUUUUUGAUGAUCAGUUAAUGGUUGGAGUCUCAGGUGUGUGACGCAGGGUGAGC